AUGACCUCUCAGGCCUCUUCUCAUGUACCCAUUGAGAAAAAUGAGUCAACGAUACUUAUUAGCGAAUCGAUAGAGAUUGGUCACUCCACUCCAUCAUCAGGUAAACCCCAAAACCCAAAUCACUCCCCCAACAUCGGCACCGGCUCUGCUCCACCACCUCCACCUCCACCCCUUCCUCCUCCCCCCAGUUUUUCCAAACCGUUCACUCCCGCAAAGCUACCAUCCACUCCAUCCCCCCCAACUUUCGGCUCCCCAAAUACCUUCCUCAUCGAACUCCUCAUCUACAAUGGCCACCCCUACAAAGACCAUUGGGCCUUCUUCAUCCGCUCUCCCUCCCACACCUCCAUUGGCGUUCGUCUCCACGCCACCGGAGAUGUAAGGAACGGAUUUCGUUUUGAGAUUCAGCAAGAACAUAAUUUAUAUACCACCGAGGAUAUCCCCACGAAGAGGAUUCCACUGCAGUGGGUUCGUGGGUGGGAAACACUAGAUACCGAGGGAUGUGGGGUGGAUGCGGAUAUGUAUAGGAGAACGGUCUGUGCAUUUGAGAAAAGUGUAAGAAAAGCAGAGGUGCCCGGGAAGACGUUAAAUUCCGUGAGAGAUGAGAUCAACCCUGGCAAAAGAAUCACCCAGAAAGAUUGUCAAUCAUGGCUCGUCGGGGCCGCCGACCACUUAGUGCAAGAUGGGAUUUUCGGACCCGAGAUUGCAGGGUUUCUUCACGCGGUUAGACAGUAA